AUGGGCGCCGGGGACGACGGCCCGGAUACGUGCAAUGGAGGCGGCGAGCCGUCGAGCUCGAGUUCCGACGCGGGCCAGGUGCCGAUGGAGUUGGCGGAGCUUGCGCGCAAAUACCAGUACCACAUCUCGGACAAGCGAUCCCUGCAAAAGGAGGUGGUCGGCAUCAAGAAUGAGAUCCGCAAGGAAAUCAAAAAGCAGAUGAAGAUGAAGCAGGGCAUCAAGCAAAUGCAGAAAGUCAGCCGAAGCAAAAUGCAGGACAACCUGAAAAAGGAGCUGCGGGACAUUCACGACUACAUCAGCGAGCUGCAAGAAGAUGUAUUACUGCUCGACAUCUACGACACCGGAGCUUUUGAUGCAAACGACUCGGGCAGCGAAGAGCUCCAAGAACAACCCAGCGAGAACAAGUCGACCGCCUAUCGCCUCGCACAACUACAGAAAGACCUCGAAAAGGAGCUGAGCGUCAAGGAUGGCGUUGAACGGUUCCUGGCACACGUCUCCACGUUGCCCCCCAAUCGCUCGCAGGUCGACAACAUCAACACGUCAAGAGAUAUGCUCGAGGGAUCCAGGGCAAAGAUAGCCUUCCUGCGCAUGGAGAUUGAAAAGGCGAUGAAGGCGUCGAAUGAAGAAGAUGUCCGGCCCGAGAACGAGGUGAAAAUCGAGGAUCUCCUCUACCGGAUGCGAAAAGAAGUCGCCAUGGCCGAUGGAGCGCGAAAUAUCCUGAAAGUGAUGAAGGCGCAGAAGAAAGCAGAUGGCAAGGGCAUCAAUGAUGCAUCUCAAAAUCUGCUGCUCUCUGAGGAAAAGCUCGACCUCAUCUACUUGACCGUCAAGAAGUACAUCGACAAGAUGCCCGCCGAGCAGAACAGCCGAAAAAAGGAGAUUUUGGGAGAGAUCGAAAUGGCGCGGCUUCCCUCGCAGGCCUACUCCAGAUUCAGCCCGCCAACGUUGAAUCGAGUAGCCGGAUCAUUUGAUAACACGACAAACAGCCUCCCCCGAAGUGUCGGGCUGAACAACCGCCGGGCGAGCAUGGCCAGAAUGGGGAUUUGUGUGAGCGGGCGUUUGGAAGUCAGAAUGAUGGGCCUACAAAACCUUGUCGCCGAGGUGCUGGAACGGAGAUCACGCCACGAAGCGCUCGGGGCAACCGCAUCCGGCUCGAUGACGGGCCUCAUCGGCGGCGACUCGUCAACGAGCCGCUCCAAGUUCGCAAAGGCGCCGACCGGUCGCAGCGCUAGCAUCCCCAACCGGUCCGAUGAAGUGUUUGUCGUGUUUCGCGUCGACAACAAGCUCGUCUUUCAAUCGGAAGCCCGGGCACCAAAUCCGCAAGCCUUCGAUCAGCGAUUUGCCUUCAAUAUGGAUCGGAGUCGCGAGCUCGAAGUCGAGGUCUUCUACAAGGACCACCGCUCGAUGUGCGCCUUUUCCGUCAUGCAACUCGGCCACAUCAUCGAGUCGAACGAGAAGAAGGCCGGCAUGGUCAUCGACUUGGAGCCCCAGGGCCAGCUGUUCGUUGAGUUCAAAUACUACAACCCGGUGGAGAGCCGAAAGCCGAGGUUGGAGCGGCAAAAGCGACUGUUCCGCGUCAAAGACGCCAAGGAAUCGUCGGCCGGCGUGAAGAAGGAGAUUGGCAUCAACGCGUGGUCACGGUUGUUGACGAGACAAACCGCUCGCGCCGAAGAGCCGGUAAUCGGGGUUGGCCAUGGGCUGGAGAAGCGGCCCGAAUCGUCAUCGCCCAAGCAGGGCAAACCGGCAUUCCGCACGCAGCAAAGUGUACAUCACAUCGAUACAAGGCCCCUCGAAGCGCGCCGUCCGUCGAUGCCCUCAAUUUCGCACACGUCGGUGCAUCAAUCGCUGGACCUGGAUUCGCACAGCCAUCCGCUGUCCGCCCAAAUCUCGGCCCCGAUCGCACCGGUGCCGCUGCCAAGAGCUGCGCUCUCCCGCCCACCCUCAACCGUCGCCCCUCCGCCACCAACAUCGCCGGCCCAUUCCGCCGUCCAGAUCACCAGCUUCCAGCUCAUCUCGGUGCUUGGGCGGGGGCACUUUGGAAAGGUCAUUCUCGCCAAGUACGUCCCCUCCAAGGAGUACUACGCCAUCAAGGCGUUGAAGAAGGGCGACAUCCUCGCCCGCGAUGAGGUCGAGUCGCUGAUGGUCGAGAAGCGGAUUUUGGAGAUGGCCACUCGGGCGCACCAUCCAUUCCUCGUCAACCUGUUUGCAUGCAUCCAAAGCGGCGAGCACGUCUUCUUCGUCAUGGAGUAUUCGAUGGGAGGAGACCUGAUGCGCCACAUCCACGACGAUAUCUUCACCGAAGAACGCGCGGCAUUCUACGCGGCCUGUGUGCUGCUCGGCCUCGAGUUCUUGCACCAGAACAACAUCAUAUAUCGCGAUUUGAAGCUCGACAACCUGCUGCUCGACCGCGAGGGCUACGUGAAGCUGGCCGAUUUCGGGCUGUGCAAGGAGGGAAUGGGCCCGUUGGACAAAACGUCGACGUUCUGCGGGACGCCCGAAUUUUUGGCUCCCGAAGUACUCACCGAGUCCUCCUACACGCGUUCCAUCGACUGGUGGGGCCUGGGUGAUGACGAAGAAGAAAUCUUCGACUCGAUCGUCUCCGACGACGUCCGGUACCCGAGGUUCCUGACGAUCGAGAGCAUCUCAAUAAUGCGAAGGUUGCUCCGGAAAAACCCGGAACGCCGCCUCGGCUACGGUACCCCGGAUGCUACGGAGGUCAAAUGCCAGCGCUUCUUCCGGCACCUCAACUGGGAAUGGGAUGCGCUGCUGGCCAAGCGGAUUCGCCCGCGCUUCACGCCUUCGAUUAAAAACCCCGAGGACGUCUCCAACUUUGACGACGAGUUCACCUCCGAGAAGCCGCGCUUCUCCUCGGCCAAAGAUCGGCGCCCCAUCACCGAAGCCGACCAGAAUCUGUUCAACUCUUUCGACUUUGUCUCCCAUCUC